AACCAUGACGCAGAACCUUUGUUUUUAAAAUUGUUUGGUAACAGGAAGUGGAGAAUAUUCAUCCCCGUAACGGGUUGAUCGUUUUUCUUGUUAUUCAUUGCUUACCACCUAGAUAGGUGUAGACAGUACGAGGGGGUGGUGAUUAAAUCUGAUCUUUGGUUUACCUUUUCAAUGAUUCUGAUGACUUUUAGCUUGCUAACAUCUAUUUUUGCUACGGUUCAUUUUACUCAUGCAUCAAGUAUGCCCUGUUAAAAUGGAUGGCUACCAUAUUCCGCAUGUGUGUGUAAGUGUAAACUAUAAUAAGUCAUGUCACGUAGAAGGAAACUUGGAGGCAGAUGUUAGUACGUCGCUCUCCACCCUGACGCACCGUCUGAAUGGAGAGAAACGGUGAUGAAGACUCGGUUCUUGAAGAAGCUGGAGACCAGACAGCAAGCAGGUUAGAGGAUGGGGAAGCAGGAGUUACAUCUACAGCCCAUAAUAGAUCUAUACAUGUGGUGGCUUGUGGGGAAACACUUGAGAACCAGAAUGAGCACAAAUCAAGAGAAACCAGGCUGAAUGUUUUACAUGAUGCUGUGUCUAAAGACCAGGCAGCAGCUGUGCUACCUGAGGAAGAUGCUCACUCUGCAUUUCCCAGUGUCAUGGACACCUGCUGUAAUCCCUCCAUAUCAAGCCUCUCUUCGUGCUCCUCAAGCCUUCAGAAUAUGAAGUUUUCUUCAUCAUCCUCGUCUUCCUGUGGACCUGUCGUGUCUCUGACACCACCCUUACCUCCGUCUGUGGAGCUCUCAGCCUUGUUGACUGAAACAAGACUUACCCUGGAUGUGUACCAGGGAGGGGCGGGUGUGUUGCCAUUGCUAUGGAGAUCCAUCCCCGAGCAGCUGAGGGGCCUCCAGUACCUGAGACUAGGCUCUGAGGAUCAUUCAGGGCUGGAUGGUGCUCUGGAUGUUUUACCUCAUCUGACGGGGCUGCGCUCACUGACCAUCCGGGGUCACCGCUUUUAUGACCCCCAAGGCGAACCCCUUCCGGGCCUCCUCACCACUUUUCCUUCAUCUUUCUCCACUCUGUCCCACCUCAUUCACCUGGAUCUUUCCUUCAACCAGCUCAUCUCUCUCCCAUCCUGCCUGCUCGCACUGCCAGAGCUGUCCACACUGCUGCUCUGUCACAACCGCAUCUCAGCUCUGCCUCCUGAUUUCGGCCACCUGUUGUCUCUAACGUACUUGUCUCUCAUGGGGAACGAGUUGGUGUCUCUUCCCUCGAGUCUGGGCCAGCUGAAAGCGCUGCAAACCCUUGACGUGUCACAUAAUCUCCUCCAGGAACUACCUGAUGAAAUUGGUUUUCUGGGGGAGCUUGUUAGGUUGGUAUUGUCCCACAACAAGCUGAAGCAGCUGCCAGAGAGCAUGGGCUCUCUCUGUUGUCUGAGGGAACUUGUGAUCUACAGUAACGACCUUCGCCUGGUCCCAGAGUGUCUGAAUCAACUGCCUCUGCUUAAGCUAGAUGUUCGAGACAAUCCUUUAGGAAAACCUCCAACACCUCCUCCUCUUCCUCCGAUACCUGAUCAGGCAGAAGCAAAAAUUCCAGAGUCGCACCUUCGAUUGAACCAGCACAGCUUCUGUGUUUCGCCUGCUGGGUGUCACGUGUUCCUCCCUGGGGGAGGCGAGCUGCUGUUCCCCCCCGGGUGCCUGACGAAAACCACUAAGCUGAGGUGGGCAGAGAAAAGGCCAGACAGGAAGUGGGUUUUGCUGGAGGAACACGACAUCCUACUGAGUCGUCCGCUGGAACUGCGUCCCCAUGGAAUCACAUUUUUAAAGCCGGUGGAGGUCUGUGUGCCAUAUCAUCGGACAAAAAGAGGGGAGGUGGUGCUGCGGAGCUAUGAUGGACGAUCGUGGAGCACUCUGCCCACUAAUCUAAGGAGAGGAAGUGAUGUCAGUAGCAGUCAUCCAGGUGGACGUGCGGCCAGGCUGGCAUGCUGCUUGGUGAGCCACUUCUCCUGGUUUAUGGCAGUAUCGCGACCGGUACAGGACAGUGUCUCCCUCACGUCUGCUGGAGCCCUGCUGGUGUCCCGCUCCGACCCUGGAAUCAAGCUCCACUUUCCCCCUGAUGCCACCGUGCAGACUCGCUCUAUAACCUUACAGGUGCUGCAGGUGUCAGAGACAGAGGUGCAGGCUCUGUGUGGUGAUCCUCAGGCCAGACUCAGCCCCCUCCUAUGUCUCUCCCAAACUCCCAAUUUACAUUUCCUGCAGCCCAUCAAAGUUCAGAUCCCUCUGCCUGCAGGAAUUACAGGUCAUACAGCAGAUCUGACUCAUUUACACCUGCUCCACGGAGACCCCACAGCCCAGACCUGGACCGACAUCACUUCUCAAGUGUCUCUCUAUGUUACUCAUCUGUAUGCUAUCUUCUAUAUCACACACUUCUCUUGGUACUGGCUAUGGUACACCACACAGCGCUGUGUUAGCGGGGCAGUCAGGAAGGUCUACCAGAGGCUGAAACAGUUCAAAGUUCAGUUCCUCGUCCUCCAGAGAAAGAGCGAUCCCUCUCAGGUUCUGCUGCAGUGCUUACCUGCUAAUAAGAUUGAAGGCAGAGUUCUGUCUCUGUCAGAAUGUUAUGAUGGCCCCCAGCCUUCAGACCUGUGUGACCUUCUGGAGGGAGAACAGUUUUAUGCUGGAUUUGAGAGGGGCUUAGACAUCAGUGCAGACAGACCGGAUUGCAUCGAGGGACGGUUGUCUUUUGUGUUUUACUCCAGCCUGAAGAAUCUGAAGGAAGUGUACAUCUGUCCAGCUGAGGGUCAAAAGGGAGCCGUGAGGGGACAGGUGUCCUUUUACAGAGGAGACAUUCCUAGUAAUUUACCAGAGGAAGUGGCCAGAAAGAGGAAAGGACUGGACAGCCAGUGGCUCACUACUCUACCGUUAAGACUUCCUGCCCCAAACUCCGAGAACGGUUUCAUCAGGGAGGAGCAGUACCCUCCUCUGAACCUGGGAGACCCGGAGAGUGGGUACUUGACAGAAUCCAACCUGCUGUCCAUCUCGCUUCAGAUUGGCCAAGACUGGAGAGUUAUUGGACUUCAUCUUGGCUUGAGCUACCAGGAUUUGGAGCGGAUACAAUACAAAAACAAGGACAACCUGGGUGCCUUAGUGCUGGACAUGCUGUUUCUCUGGGCUCGGGGACAGAGGAAUGCAGGACCUGGGGCAGCAUCAAGGCUCGUGGCUGCCAUGAUAGAAAGCGGACGGAGAGACCUGGCAGACGAGAUUGAGGACAUUGUGAAUUUAGGAAGGAAAAAGUACUCCGAUUCUCUGAAGAGAGUUGGCCUGGAAGCAGAGGGCUCCUCUCUUGAGGAGGUGCAGCAGUAGAUGAGCCUCCACUGGGGCACAGGAGGCUGUUUGUUUACAUCGACCCCCAUCAUUUCUCCUCUAGUGGGACACAGAUGUGACAGCCAGUCACCCACCAGUCCUACUUUUAUCUAAACAAGGGAAAGCAACAUGCAGUAACUGCACAAUGAACUAUGACCUCGUCCUUUUUGGCACUUUUUGUAUUAUGUAAAGCAACUUAAUCUAAGUUAAUUCUGCCUGGAGAAAGGUUCUGCUAGUAAAAACAUCCAAUAGUGAAA